AUUUGUACAACUCCCUCUUGUUAUAAAAGCUAUAUUGUAUACAACGCCCCUUGCAGUUUGGUAGGCACUACAUAAAGAGUCAGCAACAAUACACUGAAGCGUCGAGAGAGAACCCUAGGCAACAACAAUGUAUUGGAUGAGACUGAUUCUAUUUCUGUUAUUUGGUCCGGUGGAAAUUUCGAACAGCAAUAACUCUAGACCAGUUCACUGCAAAGAACGAAAAGAAUGUUUAAAUUAUGAACUGAUUUGCGAAAUCUCAGGUUAUGAGGUCCGUCAUUAUAAAGCAUCAAGGUGGAUAGCAACCAACGUUACAAGUUUUUUUAUGGAAUUCGCCAGCUAUGAAGGAUUCACAAAGCUCUUUCAUUACAUCCAAGGAAAAAACGAAGAAGGCAAGAAAAUUGACAUGACAGCUCCUGUUCUGCUUAAGAUCCCUGAAAAUGAAAGAAUAAUGGAAAUCAAGAACUACACUAUACACAUUUUGUUGCCAGCUAUUUUUCACGAAAAUCCCCCAACACCCAUUGACUCUGACGUUUAUUUUAUUGAUUUACCAGAGAUGUAUGCUUUCGUGAAAUCCUUUGGGGGCUGGUUACUGACAUGGAAUUCAAAAUUCUAUUCCUCAAGACUGAAAGCAGAACUGAGUAAAGCUGACCGGAAAUUUGUCUCCGGCUAUUAUUAUGGUGCUGGCUACAACAGCUCAGAAGAGGUGGAAGUUGAAGAUAAAGAGUGGGGCCCUAUGACAUUAAUUGAUCGGCACAAUGAAGUGUGGUAUAUCGCAGAAGGAACUCCAGUAUGUUCAACCUCAGACCCUGACUUGGCCAUAUAGGAACCUCUUGAAGAACUUUCCAUGUGACAUUUUGUCUGGUCCAUGCUAAAACACAUCAUAUUUGUAAUCAUAGCUUGUGGCAUCAAAGAAAGGAAAUUGCCAUUAUUACCAGUCUGGAUUGACAGAACAUGGCUGAUGACAUUCUACUCUUAUUGCUCGAAAAACACACUGAUCAUUAUUUUCCACUUUUAAAAUGGCGAGAUUAGAUUAACAUAGGUCAUGAUAUUAAGCUUCUUGUACCAAAGCUAAAACGUUUUUGCAUGAGGGAUUUCUUUUGCAUUCUAAUAGUUGUUAAUAUUUAAUUAUAAGAGAUGAAUAAGUUUUCAUUAUUUCCAGGAUCCUUUCACUUUUUUGCCUCUUCAAUGCCUCAGCUCUCAACAGAUAAUUGACCACAUGAACAUUUUAAACUACUGGCAAAAAAAAAAACUGUACUGAUAUUUUGUUACACACACAAUUGACCAAUACACAACUCCAUUUGCAACUGGAGGUCAUUGAUGCAUUUUUAAAGAUGUUUGGUUGCGGAACUUUAUCAGAAUUAAAAAUAUGAACAUCUGACACUAUAGCAAAAUAAACUUUGUGAUUUGGCUUUUGAGAAAUAAUUGUGGUUGAAUAAUUAUUUGUUGUUUUCAAUCUUCUAGUUUUCCCAGCACUUAAUUGAUGCUACAGGCUGGUGAUGGCCACAAAACUGCCCAGGGGAUAUCUUAAAACAAUAAUUGAGUAAUGUGGUAUUUCAAUAUUGAACAUAACUAUGUUAUUACUUCAGCCUUGUCAGAAUUUUCAGUAAUCUCUGUUGUGAGACUUCAUACCAUGGAAUUAUUCAACAAAUGUCAUGCUUCAUUGGAGCCUCUGUAGGACGCAAUGGUUUACUACAUCUAAUGUUUGAAAUAUAAUAUGAACACCUCAUUAGGCAAUUAACUUUAAUUCAUCACCUGCACAAUAAACCCUCACAAUUAUGGACAUCUAUACAACGGAUUUCGAUUAUUGUGGACCGAGGCUUCCGUUUGUGGUAGUGGUUGGCUGCCAGCGCACAGCGUAGGGGGGGAGAGAUCGAACAGUAAAACACUCUUGAAGAGUGUUGCAGCGUUUGCUACAAAGUGAGGUCCUGGGGUGUUAGAUGCAGACACAGUGCAUGCCACUGCGUUACCCUGGCAGUGUGUGCCUUUGUUGCAUGAUAAUGGAGGGAGGUUCCCAUUGCACCGCCCCCCCCACUUCCUCAAUGUUACCAUGAGCCGGCGCCACGUGGCAUGCUUCCUGUUGUGGGAGCAGAGAAAGUGAGCAGCAUGAAGGCGGCAUGAGUACUGGGCCCGCCUCCAGUGCACUACAUGUGGGGACAGGGGCUCUGCAACUCCUCGCCCUGUGAACUCCCGCUGGUUUAACCCUCCCUCCAAUGCCGCAUUUAUUCCCACCCGGCGUUAGGUUAAUCUUUAUUAUUUACCUCCCACACCCGGUUACAACGGAUAAUCAGCAAUAUCGUAACCAUUCUCCCCCGGUGGUUCGUUAUUGCGAGGGUUUACUGUUCUUCAUAACUACAAAUUAAUUCUUAGAGGAAAUGGAAAGCAUUUUGGGGAAAAUUCACCUUUUCAAAUAUGCCCACAUAUUGAAUUUGAUAUUCUAUAUGUCUGAAUAAUAAAUUGUAUUUGCAAAUGCAAGCUGUUAUAUAGUUCAUUGUGCUAAAUAAAAUAGAUAUUUGUUGAA